ACAUGUCGGCUACGCCUGUGUUCCCCAUGUGUGUGCGAGCGGCCCGGGGCCUCCUGAGGCUCAGGAGCGGGGCGGUGGAUGUCUCUUCCCUGGCUGGGAUGGACAAAGUCCGGACUCUCACCACUGACAAGCCGCCGGAAGGGACGGGCAGUGCGACGGGCGGCCUGGCUCAGGCUAUCCUCCAGCAGAGGCUCCAGCAGCAGCAGCAGAGUCAGGGCCAGCCUCCUCCUGAGGGAGAGGAGGGUGAGAAGGAGGGAGAGCGCACAGAAGACAAGAAGCAGAAGGAGAACAUGGCUUACGCGAAGAAGAUGGUGCUCCGGCUCGCGGGGCUCAUGGGUGUCGGCGGAGUGGUCGGCAUGGUCUACUUAUUUGGCACCAAUUCAGUGGACGAACAAGGAAAUGUGAUUCCAGAUGAGUUUGACAGAGAUCCCCCCGUCGUCCAACAGUUGAAAAGAACCUUCAAAUACUUCCAGGACUACAGACAGAUGAUCAUCGAGCCGACGAGCCCGAAGCUGCUGCCCGACCCGCUCAAGGAGCCGUACUACCAGCCUCCCUACACGCUGGUGCUGGAGCUCACCGACGUCCUGCUGCACCCGGAGUGGUCGUUGGCGACAGGUUGGCGCUUUAAGAAACGACCGGGCAUCGACUACCUGUUCCAGCAGCUCGCACCGCUCUACGAGAUCGUCAUCUUCACUGCAGAGACUGGCAUGACGGCGUAUCCUCUGAUCGACAGCAUUGACCCUCAGGGCUUCGUGAUGUAUCGUCUCUUCAGAGAUGCAACACACUACAUGGAGGGCCAUCACGUUAAGGACGUGUCCUGUCUGAACCGGGACACCAGUAAGGUGAUCGUGGUGGACUGCAAGAGGGAGGCGUUCAGCCUGCAGCCCUUCAACGGCAUGGCGCUGAAGAAAUGGGACGGGAACUCCGAGGACCGGGCGCUCUAUGACCUCGCCAACUUCCUCAAGACUAUUGCUCUGAGCGGAGUGGACGACGUGCGCUCAGUGUUGGAGAACUACGCCUUGGAGGAAGACCCCAUCGAGGCCUUCAAACGCAGACAGGCCCAGCUGGCUCUGGAGGAGGAGCAGCGUCUGGCCGAGCUCUCCCAGCAGAAGAAACAGGGACUCUCUCUCGGCUCCAUCGCCUCGCGCUUCUGGCGCUCCAAACAGCAGUGAGCCCCGCCCCCCUCUCACACUUCCACCAAAUCGCAGCCCGGCUCGCCAUCUGCGUCGAGGGGAGGGGCUAGAGGAUACAUUUGGAAGGGAGAGGGGAGGGGAGACCUGUGCACUGUCGCCGAGUAGUCAACCAAUCACGUCUCAGUGGGCGGGUCUGCAGUGCUGGAACAUUGGCCGUCCUCUGCACCAAUGAGAGAGGCACGACCCGCUCUUAUGUCGGCCGCCGCCUCCCUUUGGCCAUCUUUGUGUCAAGUGAUGCGUAUCAAGCUGCUGAUUGGUUAAAAAGGAAGAAGAAAACCGAGGAUCCGGGUCCGGAUAAACUCUUGUUGUUGGCGGUUUGGAGGCUGAACUGAGAUCAGCGCUGCUAUCGCCACUCCGGCUCUGGUUAGCCCCGCCGCUCACAGGAUCUGACCUGAGAUCAGCAGCGCUCUGUCCCGUACCACACGUUCAGAUUGUGUAUUUUAUUUUUAUUUUCUAUUCCUUUGUGCGACGGGCUGCUGGAGACUAUGUUAAAAUAAAAAAUAUUGAUUAUAAGAAAUAAAGAAACAGUAUAUAGUGUUCUUUAGAGUUUAUUCAAUAAUUGUAUAUAAUAAGUAAGACUGGCGGCGGCACAGACGGCCACAAUGAAGACUGGAAUAGCAGCUGAGCUCGACGUGGAGAGCAAGAGACUCCAAGAUAAAGUCUCUUUCGGCCUAAGCUUUUAUUUACAAGUGAGGGGGAGGAGCCUAUCCCAGCAUUCCAGCACACCCCCGAGCCAACGUCCUCCAUGACCGUAAUCCUGCUCGGGUUCUGGGAGGAACCGGGAGAAAACGAAUGAGCAGCCUGGAGUCAAACCCACGGACCGCUGCUCGCUGUUGUGUUGCCUUCUCGUCAACAAAUUUUAGAAAAAAAAAAAAAAAGGAAAGUAAAAAAUGAACAUGGUUUUAGUCUGUUGCUCAAAACCAUCUGACUUCCUGUCUGUGGCUCUUGGCCAUUGGUUCCCCCGGAGAUGAAAAUCCUUAAAGUUGAGUUUUGAAUCAAAUAAUGGGGAGAGGGGGGAACAAGUGCAUUUGCUUGGGACUAUUUACGGCGGAUUAAUCCACGAUGUGUGCUUCGGAGAAUCCAAACAGUUUUUCCGAGUGUGUGUGUGUGUUCAUCUUAAUUAAGGCUUGUUAAGGACCUAGUGAGCUAAACUCUAAACCCUCCAUGAAGUUCAGAAAACAUGGUAUAUAUUUAUUAUUCACACAUGCUAAUUUAAUCACGGAACAGGCUGACUGACCUGAUUUAUUUUUGUGGAGCAUUGGGUGAACAACCGUCCGCAGCUCAGCUGCUGCUCUCCUGUUGAACGGUUCCGUGUUGAUGUGAACUCACCGCUGACGUCAAUAAAGAAAACAAACCAAA